AUGACAACGCAGUCGAUCGAAGUCGCCGGCCGCGCGUACGCGAUCUCGGAGACGCUCGAGAGCGACCAGCUCGAUGCGCUCUUCUCCGACGCGUGGACGGGCUCGCUCGUGUGGCGCGCGUCCGUCUUUCUCUCGCAGCAUCUCGCGCGGCUCCAGGGCGAAGGCGGCUUUGCGCCUGGUGCCACCGUCGUCGAGCUCGGUAGUGGCUGUGGCCUCGUGGGUCUUGUGGCACAGGACCUCGGCGCCGCUCGUGUUGUCGUGACAGACCAGGAAGAAAUCGUUGGCCUCCUCCAGCACAACCUCGCCUUGAACCUGCCGCGCGACCUAGGUGCCAUCAUGGCAAAGCAGUUCAAUUGGGGCAGUCCUCGCUAUGCCGAACUCUUUAUCAAGAACAAACCCUUCGACUAUAUCGUCGUCUCGGACUGUAUUAACCCCAUUUACGGCGUCGACUCGUGGCGCAACCUCGCCAAAAGCAUCUACGACCUCGGCUCAACGCACACUGUGUGCUACUUGUCGUACGAGGAGCGCGGGGAUAACGCGGCGCUCGCCGACUUCCAAGCAUGCAGUGCGGCCUACUUGCAGCACGAGCUACUCGUGAGGGACGGCAGCAUUCUCCUCUUCCGUAUCACGCGUACAUGA